AGCAGCAAAUGCUCCUGCAACUCAUAUACAUAAAUAUAUUUGCUGUUGUCGUUUCAAGACUCGCCUUCUUCUACUUCUUAGUGUGUUUGCGUUUGUGUGUGUUUGUGUGUCAGCGUGUAGGAGAGAGUCGUUCACAGUUUUUUACAUCUGCUUUACGCCGCCUUCUUUUUUUUUGUUUACGUACUGCUUCUGUUGUCGCUCUCCCCUCAACCUUUCCUCACCUUCCCAGCAGCAACGCUUCCUCGUCUAUUUCAAAAAUAACUCUUGAAAGGAAAAAAAAAAACAAAGGACCUGUCAGCUCAUUCGCCUCCUCGGGGUUCCCGCACCGAAGUCCACACGCGUAAAUUCAGACCUCCUAAUUCAAAACUCUAAGCGCAAAACAACGUCAACAACAACAAGAAAGAAGUUAUAAAUAAAGGCACCUCUCGCAGGUUUUCUUUUGGGGGUCUUGCGUUAAUCCAUCUUGAUUGUAUAUUUUCUUUAUAUCUCUCCCUCUUUAACUUCUUGGGAAUCAUGGGCGGGUGUAUGUCCUCCGUGAUGGAGUGGCGCAGCAGCCAGUCUGUCCACGUGCAUCCCAUCAUCGCCGACUUCUGCGCCUACGGACAGGAGGCGGAUGCGCUGCCGGGCACUGAAACACCCACCUGCAGCGCUAUCUACCGCUUUGCGAACACGUCCGACGCCGAGCAGGCUGAGCUGUGCCACAAGCACUACUACGGCAAGCACUGGGUGGAGCGGGUGGAGUCGCGGGCGCGGGUCUCUGCCGACCUGCCCGCCAUGGGCUACCGCGUGAUCGAGAGCAUCGAAAAGCGCGAGGUAGCGGACCCGACAAACGGGCAGAAGAAGAUCUUCAACUACUACCACUGCAGUCCCCACAAGCUCAUCACCUACGGGGAGAUGUGGAGUAAGAUGCUCGCCUUUGGCCGCGGGCUGACCGCGCUGCUCCGGCUGAAGGCCGGCGCGACGGUGUCCAUCUACGAGGAGACGCGGUGGGAGUGGAUGGUGUCCAUCUACGGAAUCUGGACGCAGCGGAUGGUCGCCUCCACCGUGUACGCGAACCUGGGCGAGGACGCGCUGCGCUACGCCCUGCGCGAGACGGACAGCGAGGCAAUUAUCUGCAACGGCUCGCAGGUGGGCAUGUUGACGAAGGUGCUGUCGCAGGAAGGGUUGAGUCCGGUGGUCAUCGCGUUGGAUGACGUGCCUGUCAACACGCCAACGCACGACCUGCACGUGGUGGCGUGGACGGACGUGGUGGCAACGGGUGAGGAGGUCAGCGCGGAGGUUCCCGUCUACACAACCACCGAAAGCGACGACGUGGCGCUGAUCAUGUACACCUCCGGCACGACCGGCGACCCAAAGGGCGUCGUGCACACCCACGGCAGCAUCGCGGCCGGCUGCGAGGCGCUCAACCACCGCAUUAUGGACCUCUACACACCGGGCGGCAACGGCGAGAUCUACUGCGCCUACCUCCCGCUGGCCCACAUUCUGGAGUUCGCGGUGGUGAACAUCUUCUUCGACCGCGGCACGUUGGUCGGCUUUGGCACCCCGCGGACGCUGACGGACGCGUACGCGGUCCCGCACGGUGACUUGAAGGAGUUCCAGCCGAAGAUGAUCUUGUCGGUGCCGCGCAUCUUCGACACGAUUCGCAAGACGGUGGAGGGUCGCCUGCCGCCGCCCGGGUCGAUAAAGCGGGACAUCUACGAUAGAGCCUACGAGUCGCGGCGGACGGCGCUGCUCGAGGCGAAGGACACGCCGUACUGGAACGACAAAGCCUUCAGUGCACCGCGGGCGGUGCUGGGGGGUGGGGUGUACGGCAUGCUGAGCGGCGGCGGCCCGCUCUCCCCCUCCACGCAGGAGUUCAUCAACGUUGUCUGCGGUGGCCCGUUGAUUCUGCAGGGCUGGGGCUUGACAGAAACGGUCUGCUGCGGGGCAACGCAGCGGCUGGGCGACAUGGAGCCGAACUGCGUGGGUCAGCUCGUGAAAACCUGCGAGAUGCGUCUGCAGGACGUGGACUCGUACACGCACACCGAUCAGCCGGAGCCGCGUGGCGAGAUCUGCCUGCGCGGGCCCUUCAUGUUUAAAGAGUACUACAAGCAGCCGGCGCUGACAAAGGAGGCGUUUGACGCGGAGGGCUGGUUCCACACCGGCGACGUGGGUAGCAUCUCCAAACUCGGGAAGCUGCGCAUCGUCGGACGGGUGAAGGCCCUCGCGAAGAACUGCCUGGGUGAGUACAUCGCCCUGGAGACGCUCGAGGCCAUCUACAGCCAGAACGAGCUCUGCGCGGUCAACGGCGUCUGCGUGGUGGUGCACCCGGAAAAGCCGUACGUCGCGGCCCUCGUCCUGGCGGACCCGAAGCGUGCCCUGUCCUUUGCAAAGGAGCACAGCAUCGCGGGAAGCUUCGAGGAGCUGACGAAGAACCCGGCAUUUCACAAGGCGGCUGCCGCCUCGCUCGCGCUGACGGCACGGGCGGCUGGGCGACAGAGCUUUGAGCUGGUGAAGAACGUGCGGGUUCUGGCAGAUGAGUGGACGCCCGAGAACGGGUUGCUGACCCCGACGUUGAAGCUGCGGCGCGGCAACGUGGAGUCGCGCUACACGCGGAUCAUCUCGGAGCUCUUCAAGGAUUGA